GUAAAUUCGUUUUAGGAAUUAUAUGUAUAAAGUAGAAGCAUUUUAGUAAAUAAAUUAUAAUGAUGGCCGGCAAAGUUGCUACAAUUGGAACUGUUGUUGUAACUACUGCAGCAGCUGGAGUUGGAUUGUAUUAUUUUUAUGCAAGGAGUGUAAGAAAAGCCUUGCAAAAUAAGGCUGUGGAUGAGCUUUUACUCUUGCUUGACCAUGAAAAUUGUCAUAUAAGAGAUAUUGCUAUAGUUCGGAGUAAAAUUAGAAAACUGGUAUCUGGUGGUGUAAAGAAACUGCAGAUUGUCACAGAUUUUGAUAGAACUUUAACCAAGUGUUUUGUCGAUGGACAAUUGGGUCAUGCCAGUUAUGGUGUCAUAGAUGAUUCUUCUUACAUUGCAGACUCCAUUAUACAAGAGUUGAAAACGCUUAAAGAAAAAUAUUUCCCAAUAGAGAUGUCUACAGUUCUCACAGAAGAAGAAAAGAUUCCCUAUAUGAUUGAGUGGUGGAUAUCAGCGAUAAAUAUGGCUGCAAAAGCUGGUGUACAGAAAAGAUUACUACCAGCGAUGGUUCGUGAAAGUCGUGCUGUGUUAAGAGAUGGAUCCGAUCAAUUCUUCCAUUUAAUUAAGGAGAAUAAUAUUCCAAUACUUAUCAUGUCAGCGGGGAUUGGAGAUAUAGUGGAAGAAAUUUUGCGGCAGCAAGCUGAGAUCUCGUCUUCAAUAAAAGUAGUUGCUAAUUAUUACACUUAUGAUAAAGACAAUAUCGUGACAGGUAUUAAAGAUGAUUUGAUACAUACCUUUAACAAAAACGAAGUAUCGAAAAAGCAAGUGGAAUAUUUUAACCACUUUAAGGAACGCAAAAACGUGAUUUUAAUGGGUGAUACUUUAGGUGAUCCUGGAAUGGCUGAUGGAGUUGAAAAUGCAAACACUGUUCUAAAAAUAGGAUUUCUCAACAAAGAUAUUGACCAAUCAUUGCCAAGAUAUAUGUCGGAUUAUGAUAUGGUCUUAACGAACGAUGCUACGAUGGAUCUUAUAAAUGUUUUUCUACAACAGCUAUGUUUACAACGUUGAAUAAUUUCAUAAGAAUAACAGGUUUCUAAUGAGAGGAAUAUUGCCCAGG